AUGGAAUCGAACAUCACGGCAGCCAAGUCGACGCAGACGAACUGUGAGUUGAAGUCGGAGUCAUGCACGUGCAGUACGACGACCGGUGGCCAGGUGCCGGACACUAGCAACAUGAUCACCGUCACCGUACUACCCACCACCGGCGGCCAGUUCCAACUGAGCCUGCAUCAGUCGGAGAACGUCGAGGGACUCAGGCGAACCGUCGCCAAGAAGUUGAAAGCUGCAUCGCUGAAGGCACUUCACAUUUCACAUGAUGCCAGUACUGCACACACAGAUGCUGAGUGGAGCCUCGUAGCUGAGGACGACGCUGAUGUUGCAGCCAUUGUGGAGAAAUAUCUGCCACAGAUAAACAGCCACAGUUUGCUGCGGAAUCUACUACUUAACCAAGAGCAGAACCUUGGUCGAGCUACCAGAGGCAGAAGGUGGAAUCCCGAGGUUGUCAAGGCAUGUCUGUCGCUAUGGGCCAGCAAUCCUCGCACCUACAAGAAGCUGUCGUCACUUGGCAUGUUAGUUACGAUGCCAAGUGGACGCCUACUUUGUUAUUAUAAAAACUCGGUUCACCAGAAGCCUGGACUCAACAACGAUAUGCUCCUCUGGAUGUAUGAGGAAGCAAAGUCUAAGCAAGUGCCACCGCAUGGCAUGACUGGAGGCAUAGUCUUCGACGAGAUGUCGAUUCAGUCUGACCUUCAGAUAAUAUACUCUGAAGGUCAAGUGAAGAUUAUCGGGCUGGUCGACAUGGGAGCUGAAUGCUCUGCUAUGCAAGUACUGAAACAGGGUAAAGCAUCAGCGCAACUCGGCACACAUGUCUUGCUGUUUAUGUUCCAAGGGGACAGUGGCUUUCGCUUCCCGUUUAUGCAUGUGCCGACGACAGAAGCAACAGCACCAGAUAUAUACGUUCUCUUCUGGAAAGCUGUGCGGGACUGA